UAAAGUCAGUCUCUCUUAAGUCUCUUUCCAUCACGACCAGCUGAGAAAGAGAAAGCAAUAAAGAGAAAGAAAGAAAAAGAAGAAGAUAAAGCUUCAAUACCAAACUUCUUUAAUAAAUCUUGGCCUUUUGGCUGUCUCCUUAUUGAGUAACUUGUAUAUCUUAUGUUUUGAGUUCUAAACUCUUCUUAUAGACAUUUACAGAAUGUCUUUGACAAAGGAUGAUGGUGUAGAAGCAGCAAGAGGAAGAAGCAGCAGAAGAAACAGCUUAUUAAGUAAACAACUUGCUGUAGCUGUAAAAAGUGUUCAGUGGAGCUACGCAAUCUUCUGGUCCUCUUCACCAACUCAAUCUGGGGUUUUGGAGUGGGGAGAAGGUUGCUACAAUGGAGAAAUGAAGAAGAGGAAGAAGAGAAACGAAGCUCAUUAUAAACAUGUGUUGCAGAGAAGCAGCCAACUUAGGACACUGUAUCUGUGUAUGCGUGAAGGAGACAGUACUACUACUAUUAGUACUACUCAUGAUGAUGAUGAUUAUCAAAAUUGUAACAGUAGAAGUAUGAUGCUGUCACCAGAUGACCUCUCAGAUGAAGAGUGGUACUAUAUAGUCUCCAUGUCCUAUGUCUUCUCUCCUUCUCAAUGUUUGCCAGGAAGAACUUUGGCUACGGGUGAGACCAUAUGGCUUUGCAACGCUCAGUACGCGGAUAGCAAAUUCUUCUCUCGUUCUUUGCUAGCAAGAAGCGCAUCAAUUCAGACUGUUGUAUGUUUCCCUUACUUGGGCGGUGUGAUUGAGCUGGGCGUCACUGAAUUGAUUUCAGAAGAUCCUAGCCUGCUUCAACACAUCAAAUCUUGCUUGUUGGAGACUUCGAAACCAGAUUGCUCUUCAAAGAACUUCUUUGCUCACCAAGACAAUGAUGAUGAUGAUAAGAAGAAGAACCAUGAGAUUCAGUUUGGUAUCUCUGAUCUCAUGUUGGAUGAAGACUUGCAUUACAAAACAACUGUCUCAACACUACUCAAAUACGCUUCUGAUAACAACAGUCAUCAUCGUCAGCCACCUGAUCUCGCUUCUUCUAAUUCUGGCUCAAGUUUCUUGCGGUGGAAGCAACCAGACUCCAAUCUUCUUCUGAAACCUAGCAAUCUUAAGCCGUUGAGACAGAACGUGCUGCGGAAGAUAUUGCAUGACGUACCUUUGAUGCACUCUGUAGACGCAAAGAGAAUGCUCCCAAAUAAUACGUUUGGUCUGAAUCAAGAUGACCCCUCGGUUAAAAGAAAAGAGAACGAAAAGUUCAGUGUCCUAAGAACUAUGGUUCCCACUGUCAACGAGAUUGAUAAAGAAGAGAUACUGAACAACACAAUCAAGUACUUGCAAGAACUAGAGGAAAGAGUAGAAGAGCUAGAAUCCUGUAUGGGAUCAGUUAAUUUCGCAGAGAGAAAAAGAAAGAGCCUUAACGACUCUGUGUUAAUCGAGGAGACAUCAGGGAACUACGAUGACAGCACGAAUAUCGAUGGAAACUCAGGAGAAACCGAACAAGUCACAAGUUUCAGAGAUGAGACACGUUUGAGAGUUAAACUGAAUGAAACAGAUGUUGUGAUGGAAGUAAGAUGUUUUUACAGAGACUACAUAGUUGCAGACAUCAUGGAAACUCUGAGCAAACUUCACAUGGAUGCUUUCUCUGUUAGAUCUCACACACUUAAUGGGUUCCUCACACUUAAUCUCAAGGCAAAGCUGCGUGGAGCUGCAGUUGCGUCAGUUGGGAUGAUUAAGCGAGAGCUGAGGAGAGUCAUUGGUGAGAGUAUAUGAGAAUCACCUAAUUAAGGGUUUCUUUAAUGAUUUUUGUAGUAACAUUAUUUUUCUUAAUCUUUUGAUGAAAUGUUUAUUUUUGGACUUUGGUGAAUCUUUAGUCCUUAAAUUUACAUGGCGUUUUCGAGUAUUUUUUUUUAUGUAAUAUUCGCCGAGAUUGGCAGGAUUUUUCGACAUUGUCAUCUUCUAUUCUAUAAGAUAAGAUAUAUACUUA